AAAAACGAGUAAUUUGUUUUGGUUUACACAUUUCUUCUCGUUUUGGUUCACUACUCUACCUGCUGUUGGGGGUAGGGUUGCAGCUUAUAAAACACCACCUCGCCUCCGGUUGCGCAGCCAUAACCUGUGCACACGCAACCUUAUCCUGCGCUCCUCUUCAUCUCUCUGCAUCGAAACAAUGGGGGCUUCUCUCCCUCCAAAAGAGGCUAACCUCUUCAAGCUCAUUGUCAAAUCAUAUGAAACUAAACAAUACAAGAAGGGACUGAAAGCUGCAGAUGCUAUAUUAAAAAAGUUUCCAGAUCAUGGAGAAACUUUAUCCAUGAAGGGAUUAACGUUGAACUGCAUGGACCGCAAAUCAGAAGCAUAUGAACUUGUUCGGCGUGGAUUAAAGAAUGACCUUAAAAGCCAUGUUUGCUGGCAUGUUUAUGGUCUCCUAUAUCGAUCAGAUAGGGAAUACAGGGAGGCAAUAAAAUGCUACAGGAAUGCUUUGAAGAUUGAUCCAGACAACAUUGAAAUUCUUCGUGACCUCUCUCUGUUACAGGCACAAAUGCGGGAUUUGACUGGUUUUGUUGAAACAAGACAACAACUCCUGACCCUGAAACCAAAUCAUCGGAUGAAUUGGAUAGGUUUUGCCGUUGCCCAUCAUUUAAAUUCUAAUGGCUCAAAAGCAAUUGAAAUCCUGGAAGCGUAUGAAGGGACACUAGAAGAUGAUUAUCCUCCAGAGAAUGAACGUUGUGAGCAUGGAGAAAUGCUUUUAUACAAGGUUUCUUUGAUGGAGGAAUGCGGGUUUCUUGAAAGAGCUUUGGAGGAAUUGCACAAGAAAGAGUCUAAAAUUGUUGAUAAAUUAGCUUUCAAGGAACAGGAAGUUUCCUUGUUAGUAAAGCUUGGUCGUCUAGGGGAAGGAGAGGAAAUCUAUAGAGCUUUGUUGUCUAUGAACCCUGACAAUUAUAGAUAUUAUGAGGGUCUGCAGAAAUGUUUGGGGUUAUAUUCAGAAAAUGGCCAGUAUUCAGCUAAUGACAUUGAUAAGCUAGAUGCCUUGUACAAAUCACUUAGAGAGCAAUACACUUGGUCAUCUGCUGUCAAGAGGAUACCACUGGAUUUUCUACAAGGUGAAAAAUUCCGAGAAGCAGCAGAUCACUAUAUCAGGCCUCUCUUAACCAAGGGAGUUCCUUCGCUGUUCUCUGAUCUUUAUCCUUUGUAUCAUCACCCAGGCAAGGCAGAUAUUCUAGAGCAAUUGAUUCUUGAGUUGGAAGAUUCAAUUAGAAAGACUGGAGCAUAUCCAGGGAGGGCUGUGGAGCCUCCUUCGACGCUAAUGUGGACUUUGUUUUUGUUGGCUCAGCAUUAUGAUAGAAGGGGCCAAUUUGAUAUUGCUCUUACUAAAAUUGAUGAAGCUAUUGAUCAUACUCCUACAGUGAUUGAUCUAUACUCUGUCAAGGGGAGGAUAUUGAAGCAUGCAGGUGACUUGGUAGCUGCUGCAGCUUCGGCAGAUGAAGCUAGGUCUAUGGACCUUGCAGAUCGCUUCAUAAACAGUGAAUGUGUUAAGCGUAUGCUUCAGGCUGAUCAGGUUGGAUUGGCAGAAAAAACAGCUGUGUUAUUCACAAAGGAUGGAGAUCAACAUAAUAACCUUCAUGACAUGCAGUGCAUGUGGUAUGAACUUGCUUCUGGUGAAAGUUAUUGUCGACAAGGUGAUCUUGGGCGAGCUUUGAAAAAAUUCUUGGCUGUGGAGAAGCAUUAUGUGGAUAUGAAUGAAGAUCAAUUUGAUUUCCAUUCAUAUUGUUUAAGAAAAAUGACUCUUCGCGCCUACGUGGAAAUGCUGAAAUUUCAAGAUCGCUUGCAUUCACAUGCAUAUUUUCAUAAAGCGGCAGCUGGAGCUAUCAGAUGCUAUUUAAAAUUAUAUGAUUCUCCAUCAAAAUCAGCAACUGAAGAAGAUGAUGAAAUGUCAAAGUUGCCACCUUCUCUGAAAAAGAAAAUGAGACAAAAACAGAGAAAAGCAGAAGCCCGUGCUAAGAAAGAAGCUGAAGAGAAAAAUGAGGAGUCAAAUGCUGUUAGUGUCUCUAAAUCUGGAAAGCGGCAACAUACAAAACCAGUUGAUCUUGAUCCCAAUGGAGAGAAGUUGUUGCAGGUUGAAGAUCCAUUAUUAGAAGCUACAAAAUAUUUGAAGUUACUCCAAAAGCAUUCUUCAGAUACCUUGGAUACACACUUGCUUUCUUUUGAAGUUAACAUGAGAAAGCAGAAGGUGUUGCUUGCCUUUCAGGCUGUAAAGCAGUUGCUUAGGUUGGAUGCAGAUAAUCCCGACACUCAUCGAUGCUUGAUAAGAUUCUUCCAUAAGGUGGAUAGCAUGGCAGCUCCAGUGACUGAUUCCGAGAAACUCAUUUGGAAGGUCUUGGAAGCAGAGCGCCCUGAUCUGAGUCAAUUGCAUGGGAAAUCUCUGAUUGAAGCAAAUAGCUGCUUCCUUGAGAAACAUAAAGAUUCCUUGUUGCAUAGAGCAUCAGCUGCAGAAAUGUUGUUUGUUUUGGAUCCUGAAAAGAAAACUGAAGCUAUAAAACUUGUUGAAGAUUCAACGAACAGUCCGGUGCAAGCAAACGGAGCAUUGAGAGCAGUGAAGGAAUGGAAGCUCAAGGAUUGUAUUGCAGUCCACAAACUCCUUGAAACAGUCCUCAGUGAUCCCGAUGCCGCAUCUAGAUGGAAAACACGAUGUGCUGAAUAUUUCCCUUUCUCAACAUACUUUGAAGGUACACGCAGCUCAGCCUUCUCCAAAUCUGCUGACCAUCAAGAAGCUGGCACAAGUGGAGAUUCUCACUCCUUGAAUGGAAAAUUAGAGGAUUUCAACAAUCUAACCAUCUAAUAUCACGUCUGCACCUUACCUUGAAGAAUUAUAGAUCCAAGAGAGCAUAGAGAAAGUGCCACAAAAGUCUGAAUCACGCUGGGCUUGGGGACAAAGGAUGUGGUACCCGACGACUCCUAAGGAGGGAAGCUCAUGCGGAAAUAUUUGUCCUUGAGGUUUUGUCAGCAAAUGCUAUGAGACUCUUUUUUCCUGAUGGCCAUUUCUUCCACCCGGUUGCUGGAUGGAUUCCGUUUAAAAUGUGUAUACUUUGUUAGUUGGUUGUGUUGUGAGGGUUGCUGAAUCGUAUACCCAACUCUGUUGAAUCAGAAUCCUAGAUAGUGGGGUUAUAAAACGUGCAGCGUUUCGACUUUCGAGGCUAUAAAUGUUUUAAGGUCAAGGGGAGCGCUGAUACGUGUCUUGGGUACUGGUCCUGCAUCCGGUCAUAAUGUUGAGCAACAACAUUUUGCCCUGAUGAGUCUAUCUCCAGUGUUUGUUGUACUCAACUUUUGAUUUUCUUGGCCAUUGUCUCAAGUUAUUGUACCACAACAUGGAAAAUUUUGGCAUGAUUUCAUAUUGUACCAAUUGAAUUUGCAGCGAUGAUCAACAAGCAGCGUUGGGAGUGAAGAGAAAUAAUAAGUUUACAUUUUGUUAUUGUGUGAUCAA